AUGUGCUAUUCUUUUAAGACUUCCAUUUCUUGUAAAGCGAGCUGUUCUUUAAAGAAGGAAGCCAACCUCAAAAACGCUGAGGCGAUCACUAAGGCAGCUAAGAGAAAAUACUAUGAGGAAACCGAAAAGUUAAGUGAAUUGCAGUACCAGUUCAAAGCUGCAAAUGACAUCCAACAAGAAGCGUAUGCGCAGUUGCAACGUUUGAAGAAACAAUCAUAUGAGAAGAAUAAACACUUUUGGCAGUACAAGGAUGAUUUAAAUAAAGCGAAUGAGUUGGCUUCGAAAGGGUAUAAAGUGGCACUCCAAAAUUUUUGUAUUAACCAGAUCGAACACAAGAGGAAGUGGCGGUGGCAAAAAGCUGAAAAGGUACUUGCGGCAAAGGUUGUGGAGAAAAAGAAGCUCAUGCAAUCUGCUCCUACAGAAAGUGUUUCAGCAACUGCUUCUAAUAGGGGUAAAAUCAAAGAGGCGGAAGAAGAGAAGCCGAAGAGAACAGAGGAGGAGGAAUCGGACAGGAAGGCAGAGGAAUUGAGUAAGGAAGAUGAAGCGGCUAAAUCAAAGGACCAACGCCGGUCGGAGGAGGUAGCUAAAGCUAAGGAAGCACUAGAAAGGAAGAGGGGAAAGGCAGAGAAGGCCAAAGCUCGAGAGGCUAAACGAGCUGCUAAUGAAGCCGUCGCUAAACCACCACAAAACUUCCGGCACAGCCAACAUAGGGAGAAAACCUCAACAGAGGAGGCCAAAGCACGCAACUGUCGAAGAAGGCUCCAUCAACACCAACACCCACCCCUGACGUCGCCGGUGGCGGGCAUCUCAUCUGGGGUUGACAAAAAUAUUAACGUCGGCUGA